AAGUCAAGCAUUUCUCGUUAAAAUAUGCGAAGUUGUGGAUUGAUGCGAAUGCAACAACUUCUCAUGAUUCUGAGCGUCUUAGGUUCCUCUGUUGAGAGAAUAACAAGAUAUUUAUUAAAGUGGCAGUUGCUCUUAAAACAUAGGUUUCCACAUAGAAAUGAGAAAUAUUAAUUUGAGAGUAAUGAAUAAGCGGUCUCCUUAAUUAAUUUAGUGUAAAGAAUUGUAACGUUUAAGGAAAUUAUUUGAUAUAAAUCUUUGAAAUGAAUGUAGUAGAAAUUUUUAUGUGUACGUAAAGGAACGUGGGAAUAGGACAUUUUUGGCAUCGUGUUUAGAGUGCCAGUCGUCGGAAAGCUGGAGCGCAACAUGUGCACGACAGAAACACUGAGCCUCAACCACUCCCACCACUGGCUUCCUUUCUCUUUCGCUCCCCACACGAUAAAUUCCAAAUUCAGUGGUUUCGGAUCCCCUACAAAACCCCAAACGAUGCACGCCACCGAUUCCGACGUGACGAGCCUAGACGCGUCGUCGCAUGGGUCACCGAAGCCCGCCGUGUACUACGUGCAGAGCCCCUCGCGUGACUCCCACGACGAUGGCGACAAGUCGUCCUCCGCGCAUGCCACGCCGGCCUUCAACAGCCCAAUGGACAGCCCCUCGCACCCUUCUUACGGCACCUUCCGAUCUGGUUCACGCUCCUCCUCCGCCAGCCGCUUCUCCGGCGGGAAGCUCGACCGGAAGCGGGACGACAAGGGCUGGCCCAAUUGCGACGUGAUUCAAGAGGAAGGGAUCUACGACGAGCUCUAUGGUGAUCGUCGAGGGCUUUCGAGGAGUUGCCAGCUUCUGAUUGCGGUGCUUGGGUUCGUUGCCAUUUUCAGCGUCUUCUGUUUGAUUCUUUGGGGUGCCAGUCGGCCGUACAAAGCUCGCGUCAGUGUCAAGCGCUUGACUGUGCAUAAUUUUUAUAUCGGGGAAGGAUCGGAUUCGACGGGAGUCCCAACCAAGAUGCUGACAAUGAAUUCUUCAGUGGAGAUGAGUGUUUAUAACCCAGCUACAUUUUUCGGCAUUCAUGUCAGCUCCACGCCUGUCAAUCUUAUGUAUUCACAGCUUGCAGCAGCAACUGGUAAGUUGAAGAAAUACUAUCAACCGAGAAAGAGCCACCGAACAGUGUCUGUGAACCUCCAAGGAAACAUGGUUCCUCUAUAUGGGGUUGGGGCGAGCUUAAUUGUCUCAGAAAAGAAUGGAGAAGUUCCAAUGAUGCUAGCCUUUGAAGUCAAGUCACGAGGGAAUGUGGUUGGAAAAUUGGUGAGGUCAAACCAUCGUAGGCAUAUCUCGUGUUCUUUGGUUAUCGACUCUCGUAAGAACAAACCCAUCAAAUUGAAAGAAGAUUCAUGUACAUAUGAUUGAGUGAGAAAGAAGGUUUUCUUGAAAUGAUCGAUGAUGUAGCUGUUUUCAGCCAUCCACCACCUUACUAUCCGAUUAGAAGACGAUAGUUUAUUACUUUAUUUUACAGAGACCACUGCCACCGAUGAAGAGCUGUAACUUGUAGAGAUUCUGGAGGUCUAAUCUAUAAUUUUUAACUCUAGACGAAGAGGAGAAGAAAGCGCAGUAA